UGCCUUCCUGGUUCUCAUCUGAAUCCUCUCGUACCCGAGACGGCGCUGACGACUCACCCAACGUCAGUGUCGUCUCCGAUCCGUCUCUUAUCUCUGGAAGAGACAGAUGGGAGAGUGGCAGACCUACGCUGUACACGUUCACGCCGACGGCGGGGAGCGCGGUCACUCUUCUGCCACCGCCAGGCGCGCCGGCUGACGUGCCGCGCUUCCACAUCGUCAUCACUCAGAACGUGUUCAACCCGCUUGUGCAUCGUACGACGGUGUAUCGAGGGGAAGCUGAGGGAAGGAGUGUCGUCGGCUGCUUCGAGAUGGGAUUAUCGAACCUCCCAGCACACGUGCGCAUCCAUGGACGAGACACGCCGAUAAAGACGAUGCUGGACAAGUUCGGCUUUCGCGAUUCGGGCGAUUAUACAUGGACGCCUCCGUACCGACCAACUUCCCACUUGGUCUGGGACUAUGGAAGCACACCCAUCACCGGCAAAUCCAAAAAUCCUCAAACCGGAAAAAUCGUGCUCGCGACCUACACACCCGAUAAAUGGCUCACGGAGCCGAAGGAGGGCGGUAGUGUCGAGGAGGAGAUGUCGUUGUCGAUACUAGAGGUCAGCCCUGCUGGACAGGAGCUGAUCGAGGAUGUCUUGAUUUCCUUGCUUAUUUGCGAGCGGAAGAGGAUGGCACCGGGAAAAGACAGCUACACCAAAGCUCUCUUUAAUUAGA